AUGUAUGCACCAGCCAAGCAAGUGAUGCUUCCGGGCGUGCAGGCAAAAUGCGUCCGCCGCGAGACGUCCUCGCCACGGAAAAGUGAGGCCGAGAGCUGCUCCUGCCCGGAAGAGGUGGGAGCACCCGCUUGUCGCGGUCGCCGUCGCAUGUGCACCGCGACGUUGCUUUCCAAGGAGCUGGUCGGGAAGGAGGUCCUUCUGUACGUGGGCAGGAAUGGGGGCCGUGCCCCUACCAAGGUGGAACCAGCACGGGUGGUUGCGGCAGCGGAUGCUGGCCGGGCGGUGACCCUGAAGUUGCCAGCUCUCCCUCAGUUUCAGUUGCCUUUGCGCGUGGCCGCCUACCUCUUCAAGAAGGGUGCUCCCCCAGAGGAGGUCGCAGCGGCCCCUGAAGGGGUCAUAGCCUCUUUGGCAAGGUACCAGCAGGCCACUCUGGCGAAGUUGCGGAUUGACGCGGACGACGGGCCAGGGGUUGACAGUUCCGGAUGCGACGCUUCGAACCGUAAAGUACGAGAGCUGCGGGCCACCGUGGAACGGUAUGGCUGGUGCCCCGUCUGCCUCGAAGACCUCAUGGGCCUGGAGGACAUGCUCUUUCGCCGCGAGACUGUGGUGCUGAUUCCGUGCAGCCACCUCGUUCACGAGGACUGCUUGGAGAAGUUCAGCUGUACCCGAAGCUAUCGUGCCUGUCCUGAGUGCAGCCGCCCCGUGCAAGCCACAGUGUCCGUUUGA